UGAAGGCGCUGCGAGCUCCUCUGCAGCUGCAAGACGGAGCGUCCAAGUCGUCUGACAGCGGCGGAGUGGUGCGAUCACGCUUCUGCCGGCGGAAUGGGCUGCCAUUGCCGCCUGUGCCGCGGCGAAGAGCGUGAUCCGGCCUGUCGGGACACAGCAUGCCGCGAGCCCAGAUCGCGGGAGGUGCCUGCGGCUCGGGAAGGAGGCCACUCGGGCGGCCUUUGCGGGCAGGCAUGGAGGGAUGAAAGCUCGCCAUGCGGCGCCAUGGGUGGCGGCGAGGAGCACGCACAGCGGUGGCAAGCAGCAAGCCGCAGCAGAUGCCGCCGAGCUCUGCUGCUGGACCGAUCGUCGGUGGCGGUCGAGCCUCGGCAAGCGGCUAGUCGAGACCGCUGGUCUGGGCCGGGAGACACCAGGUGUCCUGCAGAAGCUGCUGCUGCACUGGACUUGCGGGGGUCGUCGGCGCUCGCCACAGCCGGCGAGACUGUCGGACUCCGACACGCGGCAAGCACGACAGCGAUACAGUCUGUGAGAACAGCGCCGUCGGCCGCCACCGCCAAGCUCGCGCCUUGUCCGCCCAACGAGAAGGGCAAGACAGCGGCGAGCGCAGUGCACAGGAGUAGGAGCAAGGCCAUGUCCUGCGACUGACCGAUGGCCACGAGCAGCACUCGCAAUAUCGUCGGCUCAGUCAAUCACCAGGCGGGUGCGGCCACCCUAUAGCAGCAGCGCCCGUCUC